AGGGAUGAUAUCGCCUUCCCAAACCAAAACGCAGCGGAGCUUCCAAAGCCAAACCAAAACCCUCGUCCCUCUUCCCCUCCUCGUUCCCAUCGCCGCCACCCAUCCCCCUCGAUUUCAAGCACCCUGCCCACCCAUCGCGACCCUACUCCCAAUCCCAUACCCAGUCUGCUCCUCGCACCCACGCUGCCCCAAUGGAGACAGCCGCCGCCGUGUCCCUGCCCAGAUCCGCCGGCCGUGCCGCGCUCCCCUUCCCGGCUCCCCUCAAGCUCCAGGGCCGCGUUGCGCUCCCCCGCCGUGCGCUCUCCGGGGCGCCAGGGCCGAGGCAGCGCCUCGUCGCGCGCUGCGCGGCUGCCGACAACAGUGCGGCGGCGGAGCUCCCCAUCGAGAAAAGAUUCGCCGCCUUCCCCACCAUCAUGGACAUCAACCAGAUCCGCGAGAUCCUGCCCCACAGGUUCCCCUUCCUUCUGGUAGAUAGGGUGAUCGAGUACAAGGCAGGAGAGUAUGCUGUUGCGAUCAAGAAUGUCACUAUAAAUGACAACUUCUUCCCCGGCCACUUCCCGGAGCGCCCGAUAAUGCCCGGCGUUCUCAUGGUUGAGGCCAUGGCCCAGGUUGGCGGUAUCGUGAUGCUGCAGCCUGAAGUCGGUGGAUCCCAAGACAAUUUCUAUUUUGCAGGGGUUGAUAAGGUGAGAUUCAGGAAACCAGUCAUUGCUGGUGACACUUUGGUCAUGAGGAUGACCCUCACCAAGUAUCAGAAGAAAUUCGGGCUUGCAAAGAUGGAAGGAAAGGCUUAUGUGGGUGGCGACUUAGUAUGUGAGGGGGAGUUUCUCCUUAUUAGCUCCACUGGGUGAACAGAUCUGCCUGUGUGCGAUGUGAUCCUCUCACAAGAUCUGAUUAGAAUGAGUCCAGGUUCAAUUGUUGAGAGAAUUGAGUUGUGAACUGAACUUACAACAUGUGAGACAAUUUUAUCUUGGGUUUUACAUCAAGUUGUGUAAUGGCCUUUUGGGGCCGAGUCAGGCUAUGUUGCUGGUGUUACAACGUUACAAUAUCUGUAGUUUGGUGGAAUAAACUAUGCUUUUUUUAAAA